UACGGUAACGCUGACACCAAUAAAGACCCACUGAUAAAAUGGAAAGAAAAUCAAUUCUCAACCAGACUUCGAUUUGCUUUGCUUUUUCCCUUCUCUAAAAUUGAAUUUCUUCUCCUUGACUCUCUCGCUUUGAUUGACAGAGCGGGUCCUUCAAAGGCAGAGAGAGGAGCUGAGGCAACUGUCUGACUGUUAGGCUUGGAUACAUGCAUGGAUCAAAGGCACUCAACAGAACCGGUAGAACACAAAAACGGCGAAUAUGAACUUAUUGGAGAUGCAGAAGAUCCACGUCUGGGAAUGUACGAUAAACCUCUUCCUUGCUUCGGCUGUGGAAUAGGAUGGUUUUCUCUUCUGCUAGGAUUUGUUUUCCCGUUGAUGUGGUACUAUGCUACCAUUCUCUACUUCAGAAACUACUAUCAAAGGGAUCCUAGGGAGAGGGCUGGACUUGCUGCCUCCGCAAUAGCUGCAAUGAUAUGUACAAUUGCUGUAAUAAUCACAACAGCAGUUCUUAUCUUCUAGUUCUCGCUGCCACCAUCUGUGUAUUUACCUCUGCUUAUGGUGGUGCUUCUUCAAACAAAAGGUGAGACAAGAGUACUAAACCUGUAAUGGGCCCGGCUAAAAAAAUGGGAAAGAAGCAAAAACAUAUUAGGAACCUCGAGAAUAAUUGAAAGUUCAGUUGUGAAUGAUGUAGUCCUCUCUAGGCUUGUACAAAACUGAAAGUCUAUUAUUACAGCUUUCGAGAACGGAACUGUGUUAUGAUAUCCAUGGUAGGGGAAUCUUGUGAACUAGUAACACACUACUAGAAUAUGAAAUUACUGAUAUUGUGACUUUAAAACA